UAUUUCCUACUGUGAUCACCUUUUUCUCUACUCUGCGUGCUUCUGUAGAAUAAAAUAGGAAUCAAAAGUAGCUGGUAUGUGAGUAUUACGUUUUUUACUUUCGUAGAGCACACCUCUACUGGAAGCUGCUCUUUCCAUGGGGGCAAAUGGGAUGGGGCGACACACAGUCUCUGUUUAGGAGUCAGGAGCUUUCCUUUCUUCACUGGCAAUGCAGGGAGUCUAAUAUUAAUAUCAAAAUGGGCACUCUGCAAAUGUUUUCCAUCUGUAGCUUUUGCUAGCUAUGAGGAAAAAAUCAAGAAGACUGAACUGCUCUUCCGUGCUCUUGCUGACAUGAGAAAUGUCAUAUUAAUAAUGUUUUUUAUGCAGCAAUAAAAGUCACGGGUCUACUGUUACCAUGAGACAAAAAGGAAAGAAUCUGUCUGUACUUUGCUUUUAAGGAGUAAGCCUAUGUGUGGGCUGCCUUUCAUUUUACUUAAGGCUCCAGUUUGUAAAGAUUUUCAUGUGUUAGAAGAAUGAGGACCAUCUCUUCUGGUUCAAGCUGUGCACUUUAACGCUAAGUGGAGAGGUAUGUACCUAGCUGGAGGCUGACAUGCACUCUGUUUUACAACUAAGAAUGGAAAUCUUUUGAUAACACAGUUCAAUAUGUUAUCUUUCUGUCUCUGAAUAUUUUAGUUGUGAACUGCAAAAAAUACACUUUCUGAGGAGGGAGGAAAAAAAGUGGGGGUGGAGCACAUGCUGGGAUUUUCCCGGCAACUGACAUAUGAACUCGUUCUGGUCACCAGCAGUCUAGAGACAGUUCCUGCAAGAUUUUGCCACUACCAGAUUUUUGCUGGGACAGUAGGGCUCCGUUAUGGUUGGACAGAUGUUAGUUUGUGUAAGUUUUUACUCACGUUUUCAUACUGUUUUGUUCUUGCUGCUGGUGGUCACUAUUACCCGUUGCUUGGGAUUGGAAUGUAAGGAACACGAAUAUCCCUUUGGUGAAAAAUGCUGCAAAUACUGUGCUCCUGGUGAAAGAAUGAGAAGCCGCUGCACAGCAGCGACAGAAACAGUCUGUGCCCCCUGUCAGGAUGAAUACUUUAAUACUGAGCACAACCACAACUUCUGCAAGAGCUGUACGGUCUGCCACACCAGGAAGGGGAGCGUGGAGGUGAAGAAGUGUGAGAAGACCUCUGACAGAAUUUGCAUGUGUACUGCAGGUUACAUGCCAGAUGCCAGAUAUACACUGGGAAGUGUAUGCUCACCAUGUCGUGAAGGUUUUUACUCCAAGGGGGGGAAUGAAAGUUGUCGACCUUGGACCAACUGUAGUGUUCUUGGAAAAAAGACUCUUCGUACAGGGACGAAAACAGAGGAUGCUGUUUGCAGCAGCCAGGUGACCCAGCCAACUACCUCUCGGAGUAUAACAUCUGCUUUGCAUCUUUCCACCACCCACCGCAGGAAUAAGAUAUCAACUGCAAUGCUCUCCCCGUCCAAACCCAGCGUGGUCCCUUUUAUCGUUUGCCCGGAUAAGAACAGCCCCACAGAGACUAAUUGGGGUCCUUUAUCACUUAUCCUUAUUUGUCUGAUACUGCUUGUGGUGUCUGGAAUGUCCAUCCUCCUGUUGAUUAUCCAAGCAGCCAAAAAAGAGACUAAGAGGAGGCCUUGUAGGAACAACCAUCAGGAAGAACAGAGCUUUCGACUUCCUAUCCAGGAAGAACAAAUCGACUCCAAUUCCAGUCUCAUCAAAAACUGACUCCACAUUACAUUAGUGUUUCCUGCGUUUCUGAGCCCAUCAAUUGUAACAAGUAAUGUGACAGUAUUCUGUGGUUAUACGCGUGGAUGUGUGUGACUGCUUAAUUGCAGUUCUGUUCCUUUGAGUUUCCUUGAUCAACCCUUAGGCAUCAAGACCCACGGCAGUGUGACUGCUUAAUUGCAGUUCUGUUCCUUUGAGUUUCCUUGAUCAACCCUUAGGCAUCAAGACCCACGGCAGUUGCCGUUCGUGGUGUAAUCACAUGAUUCUUUCUCUCUUAGGUGGGUCCUGUGCACAACAUUCCUGUUGCCAGGCCCCAAGUAGAUACAGCCCUCUGGGCAUCUCUGACCAACCCUGUUUAUAGUGAUAAGCAAUUGUCUUUGGACCGAAGAAAUUGUUUACAAAGCUAUAAGAGCUAAUCACUGGGGAGAUGGAAGAAUGGGAUGGGGGAGAGGGAAGAGCUGCUUUAUAACAGAGUUUGCUUCUUGUCCUGAAAUCCUAGGCUGCCAAGGAGGGCAUGUCUUCUCUCGGUGCAGCCAUCUCCAGUAUUUCAGUCUGGUUUCCAAAUGAACUUUCCUCCCUUUAGAUAGAGAAUCCCCCCUCCUCCUCCCAUGAACCUAGCUAGCUUCCUUUGUGCUUUGGUGUUUUCAGCUUUUUUCUUCUCAGACAAGAUGAGUUGCAUACGUUGGCUGUGCCUGCAGAGACAGAAUUGCUAUAGCUAGCAAUUCCGGUGCUAACACUGCUAGCUUUUAGGUGUCAGUCUGAGAGGUGGCUAUUGGGUGCCACUUCUGUCUUUUCUGACUUUCUCUAAACUGACCCAUUGAGAAAAUGUCAUGUUAACACACCGGACAGUGUCUCUAUAGCCUGGUCAACAAAUGGAAUUAGUCAUGAUCACAGGGCAGCUCCAGAUCUCCAAGUGUUUGUAUGUGAAGUGUGUGGAAAGUAGAAUCUGUGUAUUCACUACUAAAAAGCCAAGGGAAUAAUAAUUUCUGAUUAGAUUCUUAUUAGUGGAGACUGUAGUUUCAAACAAGAGGAAAGGCAAAGUACAAUUUGUCCGCACUGCAAACCUUAGUAGUUGCUGUAUGUAACUGUUUUUUCCACAAGCUCUGCACAAACAGAGAAGCUCUGUGCUUCCUCUUGGUGAACAUCCUGUUGUGCCGAAUGGCCUGGUGUGUCCCUCCUCAGCAAGGGUGAGCCUGCGUCAGUCAAACUUGGACUUCUCCACAGUGAAAUAGUUUAGCUUAAACCACUUCUGUGGGACUCGAUUGCUUGCUUGGAAGUAAUACUGUGGAUGUAGGGGGAACCCACAAACAAGUUUGGAUCCAAACAGUACUCUAUAUUUACACAAAAAAUUUAUACAUCUUAUUUAGGAGCAUGUACUUGGUCAUUUAGAGUUUUUCUGCUGAUGAAUAACUUUUUGAUAAUGUGAAAAGGUCCUCCAGAAAUGAUUCAAAAAAGAGUAAUUCUCUAGAUGUUCUCUUUAGAUAAGAGACAAUAGCUGGACUCCUAAAAUAACACAGGGCUGACCCUCUAGAACUUUGAGGGUUGCGUUUUAGCAAAGACAUGCAGAGAUCAUCUGACAAGAGGUAGACACCCAAACUAUGCUGUCAUGAUUCAUCUGGAUGCUCACCUUCUGCAUGCUGUCAGGGAAACCUGCGCUUAAAACUGAAGAAGUAUUCUUGGUCUGGUCUGUGUGCAUUUAAAAUAUACCUGGAUGUGAGCCUACAUACUAUAAGGAAGCUAGAUUUUUGCUUCUGUAACACUUUCACAAGUCAAUCAGUUUGUAGUUUUUGAGAGCAUUUAAAUUUUAGAUAGCAAUUUCAAAAAUCUAAAGUGUAUGAAAGGCACCUGAAACAUUAUUGCAAAUAGCUUUUGAUAUAAUUUAAAAUACCUCAGUGUAGAAAGUUCAAGAAGCAAACUUGAAAAUUAUUCUGUAAUUCAGUAAUGUUUUUCACUUUAAAUAUAACUCCUUGGUAGAUAACUCAGCAGAGAUUUAUGUAUUUUGUAUGCACAAUACCAAAGCAUAUGUGAAGAUAUGCAACAGGAAAUGUAUUCAAGAAUACAACUGGUGUCCAGAAACAUGUUUUUAAACAUAUUUUGUUAUAUGUUAUACAUAUGGUGUACUUAAUAGUGUUUUUCUAUAUUGAAGUGCAUAUACAGUGUAUAUAAACAUUUGUAUUAUAUACAAAGUAUAAUAGUGACUUUUUCAAAUAAACUGUGACAGUGGUCUUGA